AGUUAUAGCUGCGUUAGAUCACUUACAGCAGGUGACAAACACGAGGAGACAGAAACACAGAGGGAGGAAAAGAGGUAAGGAAACUUUCUUUCUGUCUCUCUCUGAAAAAAGAGGUCAAUCUGGUUUUGUUGGUGGUGGGUUUUUUUUUUUAACGUUGUCACAAACUUUACGAUUUCACACAAGUUACUGUUUUGGACAGGAUAAAGGACAGGUAGGUUUUGCCCCACUUAAAGUUCUGAUGCAAAACUUUACUGAAAUGUUUUACUUGAUCAUACUUCUGGCUGUGCAAUUUUUUGAGGCCUUUUGUUUUCAACUAAGCAGUGUUCUUCGGUCUGGAUUUUCCCUUGGAAGGGGGAAAAAAGAGAGCUACUAAAAGAUCCUGGAGAUCUCACAGGUCUCUUAAACCCAUGUGUAGCGAUAGUUCAGAAAAAUGUCCUACAGGACUUGACAACAACGACUGUAUGUCCCCAGGGGUUGGAAAUGGACCGAGAGCAACUCUCCACCACCAGCUGCCACUUGCUAUCACCUUCGUAUGCCCUCCAGGAAGGGCAACUUUAUUCUAAAAAAAGCCUGAACAAUAAAAAGACACCAAUCUCUAGCUAACUAGAAGAGCCCGUUUAAAUGUGUGUGCCACGAUCGGUGAGUCUGCUCUAACUAUGUCGGCUGGCUGACUCACUGCGCAACACAGGCUGCAAAGGCAGCCUGAUCCACUAGAUCAGGGCUGGGUAAGCAGAAUUGCAUGCAGCAAGAGGAAUCCUUCCAGUUUAAGGACACCUGAGAACCUUAGCCCUUUCACAGACUGCUGCACUGUUAAAACCUGCAGUUUCAUUCCUGGGUGAAUUUUUCAUCUUUCAGAUGAUGAAUUCCGUUCAACCUUUGUCGGUCACCCCAAGUGUUCCCCUGCAUGGUACAUUAAGGUUGAGCUCAGGUUACUUCUUAAUGUUCACCACUAUAAAAUAAGCACUCUUGUUAAGUCCCUUGUGCGCGUUAUUCUCAAUUCAGUUCACAAACCUUUUCUUUAUCCUCCUCAGUGUUUCACAAAGAUGGCUGCCCGGGCUGCCUGCGAUAGAGCAGGACUUGACUCAUUUAAAUGGAGCAAAACCAAUAUCCCUUUUUUACUCAAUGCUCUUGGACAGUGCCAAUCCUUUCUGCCACGGUCUUGCACAGGGACUGUGUAUUCAAUAAGGAAAAAUUAUGCAGUGACUCCUGUCAUUCCAGCCAUACGGGGAACAUUUUUGUUCUGAGUGGACUGGAACGUACAGUUUGGCUGCACUGUGUUAUCCAUACUUACAUAGGCCCUUUUCCAGUGUGGACUGCAAAUCAAGAAUAUUUCAUGUAAGGUCCCAGUGUUCCUAUUUCAGCAGCUGAUUAAUGAUACCUGAAGCACAUCCCAUGUGCACAUGGCUUGAAAGCACAAUGCAGGGCCUGUCGUCAGAGGACAUCUUGGUACUGUUUGCUAGUCACAGCCUCCUAGAAAGGCAUCCAUGUGCCGUAAGUGUGAAUUGCUGGGAUGGAAGCUUUUUCACAGAGACAAAAAUAGGAGGCCUAGAAGGAAAGAAGAGGGGCUAAUUAGAAGGGAAAACUCAGAAGGCGUAUGCUGAAAUGCCUGUCGUGCACAGAAAGUUCUUGGCUUCCCCUUAAAUGGUUAAAAUGGUUCGGAAGCCAUCAGGAAACUGGGUAGGCUGCAGAGAUAGAGUCAUUUCUGGUGGUAUUCGUGAGGGUUGAGACACACAGACAGACUGCAAAGACUUCGUGGCAGAAGGAAACUUGGAUUGUGCCCACAUGGCACUCUGCUCCAUCCUGGAGGUUUGCAUCCCUUGGUACCAACAGCAUUCCCAGCCCUUCAGUUUGCAAUAGUGAAGAGCGUUCCCUUGGAGAUGGAGAGGUGUGGAGCAGUGGUGAGCUGUGUGUUUGCGGUCAUCUUGGUUCUGCAGCUGGGUCUGACCCCCAUUAUGGCUCAGCAAGAACAACAGAUUGGGAUUGCAGGAAAGGAGGUGAUCCUGAGCUGCAAAGCCAUAAAUAAUCAGAAAGAUGGGACCUGUACUUGGAAGUACAAGUAUAAAGAAGUUUCUUCUACUAUUAUAAGCUUUUCUAAAGCACAGGUUUUUAAAGGCAAAGCUCCAAUGACUCAUCGAUCUGAAUUGAACUCGAACAGCAAAAAGCUGAAGGUGUCAGACUUGAGCCUGGACGACGCUGGCAUCUACACCUGUGCAUGUUACUCUCCUGUAGUCAGUAUCUCACUGCAUGUCUUUAAAUUGACAAUCUCUUCAAAUGGGCACUUCCUCACAAAUGAAGACCUCGAGCUUACUUUGAUGCAAAAUUCAUCCCACUCACAACCCCAUCUCAGCAUCAAAUUGUUUAACAUUAACAAUAACAUAGUGACAACAGAAAUUUUGCAAGAGGAGGCCCCUCAGAAAUACAUACUGAAGCUAAAGCAACUGAAGGCUAUAGACAGUGGAACCUGGAUGUGUCACGUUUAUUCAAACUCUCCAUCGAUUAAUCAGAACAUCUCCUUUGAUGUGAAGGUAUUAGGUUUUGAGGAGGAACGCUUGGAAAUAGUCUACACUACUGUUGGCAACACUGCAAUCUUGUCAUGGCAUCUGAACUUCAGGAAGAUCAAGUGGAAAGAAGGUUUCACAGGCAAACUGAAUUGGGAACCACAGGGAAAUACAGCCAUUCAUGAGCUGCUUAAUUUCAGUGUCACAACACAUCAAGAGCUGCAUAAAACUAAGAAAAGCAACCACAUUUGGUUUGAGAUAUCUGAAGGGAAAACUGACGGUACUAUGGACGUUAAAAUCCCCAAAGUCCAGUUAAAUCACUCUGGGCAGUACAAAUGCCAGCUGGAGAUCAACGGUAGAAGAACGGAGAGCGUGAGAGCACUAGUGGUGAUGCAAGUCACUGCUAUCCCUGCUGGGCCACUCUCCAGAGGGGGCAAGAUGACCCUGCUCUGUCAGGUGUCUGGUCCCCUGCCAUCCAAUGCCCACUUGCUCUGGGAACGUGUGAAUGGGACUCAAAUGGAAAUGAAGAAGUCAAAACAGCAUGAAGCAAAAGUGGAGGUGAACGUCAGUGCUCCAGGAUUGUGGAACUGUCACCUCGUGGAAGACAAUAACAAAAAGAUCAGCCUUAAUUAUACCGUGGAGGAAGCUCAUGUUUGGAAUAGCUAUGCAGUAAUUGGAAUAAUUAUUGGAGCCAGUGUGUUGGUGAUUGGCCUUGCAUGCAUGUGCAUAAUCACUGGUAUGAGGUGGCAGCGGAGAAGGAAACGGGCAAGAAGGAUGGCACAAGCAAAACAAUACUUGCUGGAAAAGAAGACAUGUCAGUGUCAACGCCGGAUGUAUAAGUAGCUUUGCAGACUGAGGGACUCUCUGCCUGUACCUAAACAAACACCUGCCAGCCCAUAGUGCUCUGUGAACCCACCUCCCUUUGUCCUGUUUUGAUAUAAUUCUUUAUGCCUUCAUCAUUCUCUCAGUAUAAUGGCACGGAGGGGCGUUGUCUGGAGAGGAGCCAAUGGACAAGACAAGAAACCCUUACAGGUUAUUACUGAGCCCCAGCUCUAUAAUGAAAGACACUGAAUAGAAGAGCAGAUAUAUAUAUAUAGUGGUUGCAUUUUGCUCAUGCACUUAAUUUUACCUUUUCAUGGAACUGAUUUUAUAUGCUUCUUUUAUGCGCUGGAGCUAGAAUAAAUUUCCUCAGAUUUUUGGUUUUUUUGCAAA